CUCAGUUUGUCUUCAGGGAUCGCCGCGGCAGGUAGACCGUCUCCAGCGCGCAGGUUGCCGCGUGUGUGGCACUGAGUGUGCGCGCGCAGUGUCAGCAGUUGGGCUCAGUGACGUCGCUGGAGAUUCUACCUGGACAAUUUACCUGCGAGAUUCACCAGUUUCUUUUAAAUCUCAGGGAAUGGCCAAACCGGCAAACUGUGGACUUCAAUAUUAAAAACAAAGUUGUAACAAAUGAGAGAGAAGUGGAGUUUCGUCUCCCGAACACCAGAGCUCUCGUGACAAGAAGAUAUUCUACAGUCUGCUGUCCAUGUCUCUUGGCAAGAAUCUUUUGCCCAGUCUUCGCUCCACUCUUCUCGCGGGAGUCGGAAAAGGCGUGCAGCGUGCACGACAGAAGAAUGAGCACGACAGAAUUGCCGCCCAUAGUCAACAAGGAGAAGCCUCGACCAAGCUCCAGAUCCACCAGCAGGUCCUCCCUGCACCAGAUGACUGCUGCCGUGAGGUCCAAGAACAUCUACAACCGUCUGAAGGCUGGCGUUGCCGACCUCCCCCGCAACCACAGCGACCCCUCGCUGGUGGCCAUGGAGCAAAGGGCAACGCGUAACCAUAGCGACCCUUUGUCGAAGACGUCGCAGAGGACGAUGUCCCGAAAUCAUAGCGACUCCUCGUUGAAGGGCUUUACAGCCGCGACCUCUCCGCGAGGUCGGAGUCAGGGCCCGCCCUCGGUCAGAUCCCACGUGGGCCAGACAUCUGCGCAGGGCAACGAGGUGGGUUCGCUUGGACCCCGCAAGCUCCACGCCAACCGAGCUCUGUCGUGGUGUUCUCCAGACACCAACACCAGCUCUACGCCCAGGCUCGAGACUCUCUUUGAGAUGCGGGAUGUCGCUAACAACAACGUAUGCACCACUAACACCAACGACAACAACACCAGCGCCAUUCUGAAUCCCCACAUCAAGACUAAUAAUAACAACAAUGUGUCCUUACCGGCUACUCUGAGUAACUCUCUGUCCAACCACAAGAUGUACAAUAGUGACGCGCCGCCUUUACCCGAGAACGAGACCCACAAGGACUCUAAAGAGCUGCAGACUCAGUUGGCCGCUUCCGGUGUUCGGAAACGACUUCAGAGCGAGGGAAGCCCAGGUGAGGGGCAGUCUGUGAGGACAGUCCAGCAGUCCGGACGUCCUCGGCUGGGCAGCAUGCGGCGCUCCAUGUCCGACAACAAGCUGGUGGAUCGCCACCAACAGCACCAGCACGUGCAGAACACCACGGCAACCGUUGGACGGCGCCAACCAGUUUCAGUGGCGCUGUCACGCGAGAAGACAUUGGACUGGAAAGCCAGCCCCCAAGGGUCGAAAGAGCGCAUGCGGAGAUUCAACUCCGUUUCGGUUCUGAACGCCAGCUCCAGCAACGCACAGUCUCGCCAGGACUCGGUGUUCGCCGACGGUAACGACGUGGAGGACCGGUCAGGUGACUCCACCGAGGAGGAGGAGGAGAGAAAGCUGCGCAUCACGCAGUGGCUGAUCGGGGCCGAGGCCGCUGACGUACCACCGGAACCGGAUAUCGAGUACGCGGAAGACCCGCCGCAGACGGACACGGCCCUACACAUAGUGCACCAAGAGGACUGACUUGGGGUCAAUAGGGUCAAGGUCGGCCACACUUGCACAGGUUGACACUGAGGGCGUGAGUCAAACCUCCACAACUGCCUCCACAAGUCUCCACUAAGCUCCACAUUGUCAGCCAGGUGAGACAGUGUGACAAAUAGCGGCUUAGUGUCUGGUGUGAUAGACAAGAGAGAGGUAUGACGAAACUCAGCCAGCGAGAAAUGUGACGCAACUUCAGCCAGCGAGAAAUGUGACGUAAGAGCAGCCAGCGAGAAAUGUGACGCAACUUCAGCCAGCGAGAAAUGUGACGCAAGCUUGGUGACGUCAACGUCAGGCUGAUCUCACACAGAAGUCCAGCAGCAAUGACGGAGACGCAGUUGCCGUUGACGACCUGUGGAUGUUGAUGACCAAACUCGCUCUAGUCCUGUGAGCUUUGAUGACAGGCUUGUGUCCCGGAUGUCAAGAAUAUCAGGGUGGAUACGGAACUGGUAAUGUGGGUGAAAGUACCUUCUUAACGGGUGAGUUAUCGGCCUUAUUUUGUAGAACUUUUCCCUUGAGGGCGGAGUUGCCAGUGAGGCCUCAUCUUGCUGCUCACAGAGUUCUGACUCAGGUGAGAGGUGAGUUGUAACUUGGCAGUCGCCUCAGAUGUCACGUGGUCUCCCGUGCCGCAGACACCAGUUGGUUCCUGAACUUAAAGGUUGUCACCAAGGACAGUUUAGUUUUCGUUUGUCUUGUUGUUGUUGUUUGCACGAGACAUCUUAGUCUCAUCCCACGUGUGCUCUUCAUCUUCUCUGUCUACUGGAUGGACUCUACCUGUGAGUGAGGAGAUGCGUUAGUUUAGCCGCCAUUCUUGCAAGGUUGACACAGGUUGCGAGUUCUCGAUGAAAGUGCAAACAGUACAGUAAAAACAGUCGGGAACCCCUGUGUAUGUUGACCUAUGGAUCUUACUCAUUCCAAAGAUGCCGCACAACGACAAUUUGAAAAUGAGAGGAGGGACACGAGAAUUUAAGGUUUUGGGGGUCGGGAUCAAGUUUGUGAUCGCUAAUGACAUCGUGCCAAAGGUGUGAGAGAGAGAGAAAUAGAGAGAUGAUUGGGUGAGGAAGCGUGCACGUAUGUAUGUGCGUGUUUGCAUGUUUGUGUGUUUGCGAGAAAGUGUAUCUGUGUGUUUGUGUUGUGACAGGCUCACUAACUGUCUGUGCUGUGGUAACUACUGAUGUAAGCAGGGUGAGAUCCUAUCAUGCCUUACUUCCCUGUGUCAUUUCUUGUACUAGUCUUUCGCACAGACCUCCAUUGUUAUCGUCCCGAUGAUGUAUUAUGACAAUUUGUGUCACUGGCACAACAAUUUGUAUAAUUUAUUAAUAAAUUAUUAACGUUGAUUGCUAAUACA